UACAAGUAAAUCAUCGAUGCGAGCACCAGGGCAGGUACAGGGAUCUUACAUUGCUGAAGCUAUUAUUGAGCGUGUAGCAUCUUUCCUGUCCUUGGAUGUCGAUGUUGUGAGAAAAAGAAAUUUGCAUACAUAUGAAAGCCUGAAGUUUUUUUAUGGAAGUAGCAGUGGAGAAGCUCCGGAAUAUACUUUACCUGCUAUAGUUGAUGAGUUGUUUACAUCUGCAAGCUACUUCAAUCGUCUUGAAAUGGUAUUGCAUUUCAAUAGUUGCAACAAAUGGAAAAAACGAGGGAUUUCUUGGGUACCAAUUGUAUAUGAAGUGGAACCAAUGCCAACACCAGGGAAAGUAUCCAUUCUAAAUGAUGGUUCAAUUGUUGUUGAAGUCGGAGGAAUUGAAAUAGGCCAGGGACUGUGGACAAAGGUGAAGCAAAUGGCUGCAUUCGGUCUUGAACAGCUAUGGGAUGAAGAGAAAAAAUAUCUUUUGGAUAGGGUUAGAAUCAUUCAAGCAGAUACUCUGAGUUUGGUUCAGGGAGGUUUAACUGCUGGAAGCACCAAAUCUGAAGCAAGCUGCGAAGCAGUUCGUCUAGCAUGCUCUAUUCUAGUCAGCAGAUUAAAGCCUCUUAAGCAAAGUUUGGAAGAGCAAAUGGGAUCAAUUUCAUGGGACACCCUUAUUACCCAGGCAAAUUUGCAAUAUGUGAACUUAUCAGCGAGUACAUUUUGGGUUGCUGACGAUACUUCAUCAUAUCUAAAUUAUGGGGCUGCUAUAAGCGAGGUAGAAAUUGAUGUUCUCACUGGAGCUACUACGAUAUUGAGAGCAGACCUUACAUAUGACUGCGGACAGAGCUUGAGUCCUGCCGUGGAUCUAGGACAGGUUGAAGGGUCUUUUGUUCAAGGAAUUGGAUUUUUUGCAGCAUUGGCGGUGAGAUCGUGGUGCCUGUCCAUGCCUGGAACGACAACAGAGAAACUCGUGGCGAACAUCAACUAUGCUUGCGGGAGCGGCUUAGCAGAUUGUAGAGCGAUACAAGAAGGCGGCCCAUGCUACUCCACAAACAUCAUCAAUGUGGCAAACUACGCCAUGAACGCCUAUUACUACAGCGCAGGGCAUGAGGACUUCAACUGCUACUUCGAUGGUUCCGGCCGCAUAGUCUACGACGACCCCAGUUACGAGGGUUGCGUAUAUCCUUAA